GAACGGCCCUAAUACGGUGGCGCGUGUCUUUAAAUGCUCAUCCACGCCUCACAAUUGCGCGUGGGACACUCAAAUUAAUCACAUAAUAAAUUAGCUUCAAGGCUAAAAAAAGAAAAAAGCUAGUACAAAAGGCUUCCAUCUAUUUUCAAUCUCCCAAUUAAAAGACUUUGCAAUUCCUAUCAUUUCAUUCCACUUAUAUUCCUCUUCGUAGCUCUUUCUUGAGGUCAUAAUGUGUAGCAACCAAAAAGAUGGGGAAAAGAAGAACAACACUAUUAGACCAUAAAAAUCCCAAGCCCCACACUCUUCCGCCUUCCCCAUCCCACUCUUUCUCCUCCUCUUCCUCCUCCGAUUUCGAGUUCACCAUCUCCGUCUCGCCGCGGAAAUCGUCGAACGCGCUGUGCCCGGCCGACGAGCUCUUCUACAAGGGCCAACUUCUGCCCCUCCACCUCUCGCCGCGGCUCUCCAUGGUCCGGACGCUCCUCCUCGCCUCCUCGAGCACCUCCUCCUCCUCCGACACCAGCACCGCCACCACCGCCUCCCGCGACUCCACGGGGAGCUCCAACGACUCCCAAUACUCCUCCUUCAAUAGCGAGCUCGUCCUUCUGGCGGAGUCCUGCGACUCCUCCAGGAGGGCCAGCUCGGUAACCGAGGACGACGAGUUCAAGCGCCUUACCACUCCUCAAAGUCAAAUCAACUUGAGUGGCCAGAUCAAGAAUUCUAAUAAAAGCACUAACAAGUAUUUCUCUCUGGCGAGAUUCUCGUCCGUAUUCAAAAAAGAGCCCAAACAACACCGUGGCGGAGAUCCAGACAAUGUUUCCGGGUCGUCCGUUAAGCGAAUGAGCACGACGGCGAAGGAGGUGAUAAGAAAGUACUUAAAAAAGGUUAAGCCCUUGUACGAAAAAAUAUCGCAGAAACAGCAGCAGCAACAGCAACAACAAUUACAAAAACUGGGACGGUUGAUGACCGUCCCAGCACCUACGACCACGAAUGCGAUCUCCUUUUCGACGAAAUCCGAGAAGUCGGCGAGAGGAGCCGAUCAAUUACCGGGCAAGAACACGAGAAAAGACGGCAACAACAACAACAACAACGGCGGUUUUUCGCAUUCGUUCUCGGGGAAUUUGAGGUAUCCUAGAAGGAAGAGUUGCAUCUCAAGCUGCCCGUCGUCAAUCCGGUCGUCGCCGAGCCACUCCGGGGUGCUCUGCAGGCCGGGACACGGCGGUGGAAAGGGAGGAGUAAUGUCCAACUACGCGGACACGUCGUCGAUGGAGGAACUGCAGAGUGCAAUUCAAGGCGCGAUUGCUCAUUGCAAGAACUCUUUGGUGCAGAACAACAAUAAGAACAAAACCAUGGCGGAAGAUCCACUGAUUCUUUCUCCGACAACUCAAUGAAGUUGAAUAAGCACUCCCAGCAGAACAAUUGUAUUGAGAUUUCAAGCAUUGAUUUGAUCUUUCAUGAUCCUACUCCAUCUGCUCUCAAAACAUUGAUUUAUCAAUCCACUCAUGAUGAUAUCAAUGCUAGUAAUCUUCUUUUACAGCAGUCU